UCUCCGGAUAAAAUAAAGUCGGGGCUGUUUACUCCACUGCAGGGGAGGGAGGCGGUGCAUAUAAAAGGAGCAGCGCCGCUGCAGCCCAGCCAGAAGCGCUCGGGCAGCCCCGCCGAGACACGCCGACCACCCCCCGCCUCCUCCUGCCGCCGCUGCUGCUGCCUGGGAGGCUGCCAGGUCCUGGUGCCGCCAGUUCGCAGCCUGUCAAGCCGUCCGAGGGAGCCCCGGGAUUUGCCAGGAGAGCCUUUGCGUUGCUUGGAGCGUCGCCAUGGACUGCCCGCGGCUCCUGGUGCCCCUGCUGUUGGUGCUGUGCCAGGGGGCCAGUCGGCACACAGCUGCUUCGGAUGCUCAGCUGGGAGCCAGCGACAAGGUCUCCUCCGGCGCCCCCUGGCCUCUGCGCAGGCCCAAGCGCUGCUCCUGUUCCUCUCUGGAAGACAAGGAGUGUGUCUACUUCUGCCACUUGGACAUCAUCUGGAUCAACACGCCAGAGCGGAUUGUGCCCUAUGGACUCGGGGGUCCUUCUCGAAACAGGCGGUCACUGAAAGACUUAACUGUUGCAAACUUGGAAGAGACUCGUGACAGAUGCCAGUGCGCUAACUUAAGAGACAAGAAGUGUAGGAACUUUUGCCAGAAUGGAAAACAACCAUGGGCCCAGUCUACAAGACAGAAAGGCUGGAAAUCCCUCCAUAAAGACAGAGGUUGCAAAGGUCUGACCUGCGUGUACAUGCAGCUGACUGACAGCCAGAAAAUGAGAAGAUUAGAGGCCGUGGCUAACAAGAUCAAAACGUCCUUUAAUGCUGCCAAACUGAAGAGCAGGUUGCACAAACGAAAACAGCUGAAGCAUAACCGAACAUAUAAGAAGCAAAAUGUUUGGGAAAGCCUAAAGAUGACGUCUUAGUGGAAAGAUCACCAUCGCUAAUCUUUGAGGAAUCACAAAUUACUGACAAAACAUUGCUGAAGCUCUGUUUUGACUUCUUGAGAUUCCACUCCAAGAGAAGACCGUCGAGGAAUGUUGUUCUAAAUAUUAACUCUCAAAAGGUAGAGGAGGACCCAAACGAUAUCUUCCAUUUGAUUGGGAGACAUCAAAAGCCUGGAAUGCUGGCUGCCAUCCUUUUGGAAUCCAGUUGGACCGGUUGGGUUGAAGAAUGUCCCUUAGUGGACUCCUCUCCCACUCCCCAGAAACUGCUGGAGGAAGAAGGGAUUCGUUUUGCUCCCAGUUUUGAAGAGCGGGUGAAACUGAAGCAGUGUUCUCAUGUUACUGGGCCAACUUCAGAUCUGGAGAAGUCACAAUUAUAAUGAACCCAUAUUGUGAUUAAGAUCUUAAACUGGGAGUUCUGGGUUUUAGAAAGAGGACAUUUGUGCUUCACAAGUCAAUACAUUGUGUUACGUGGAUCAGAACACAUCUCAUACCUAACGGGUCUACCUCACAUACUGUAUGUUGCACUCCUGCCAAAGUACUGUGUCAGCUUUUUUUUUUGGUGGGGGGGUCUGCAACUUCUUUUUUUUAACAGGUAAAAAAAAGCCUUUUUGCAUAGUCAAGGCUAUGGAUCAUACUCCAAAUACUGAAAGGAGACUGAUACCAGUGGCCCUAUUCCAAAUGCAAUCUAAUUUCUUGGAAGGAACUCCCAUGGCCAUUCAAUGGAUGUAACUUUUGAUAGGUGUGUAUGGGUUGGAAGUGUGAAAGUAUCUACCUGAAGCGGGUGCAGCCUUUCUCAAGACAUCUCAACUUCAAUAGCUACUGCAGGAAGAUCUAUGAGAAUGUUUAGUGUCAUGUACAGAUUCUGAUAGCCAAAAUUGCCAUAAGAGGUCGUGUUACAUGAAUUGCAGGCGAGGUUGGUUUUCAAUUUCUUGUUAGAAGAAGGCCAAUGGAUGGUUUUCACAUAGAUAAAAAGGCCAACAUUGAGUGUCUGUUCAUAGCACUGAAUUUAUCUUUGUAUGAUGUGCUUGUUUUUUUAAACUAUCGAUAUUUAUAUUUGUAGAAUUGUCAUUAUAUUUACCAUGUAAAAUGACCAUUGAAGCAGGCCAUAUUGGUCUAUGCAGUAUGCCUUAUGUAUUUCUGUAUGAAAUUGGGGGAAAUGUCUUAUGCCUGUUAAGGUAAACGUACUAGAAAUAAAUAUUUGA